AUGGCAUCAAUUGAGCCCUACACUAUCUCCGUCCCUGAGGAACAGCGCCAACAACUUACCCAAAAGCUUGAAGCCACAACCUUCCCUGACGAGCUCGACCAAGCGGGCUGGGACUACGGCGCCCCCUUGGCUGACGUGAAACGAUUGGUCAAAUACUGGCGAGAAAAGUUUGAUUGGAGGAAGCAAGAAGCUAAGCUCAAUGAACUCCCAAAUUUCAAGACUGCAAUUCAAGUCGACGGCUUCGAAAGUUUGGAUAUACACUUCGUGUAUCAGAAGAGCGAUGUAGAGGGAGCAAUCCCUCUGCUCUUUUCCCAUGGCUGGCCCGGCAGCUUCAUCGAAGUCACCAAGAUCCUCCCUCUACUUGCCAAUGGCGGUAAGGAGGCCCCGGCCUUCCACAUCGUGGCUCCCUCUCUUCCCAACUACGGCUUUUCCUCUGGCACGAAGAAGAAAGGCUUCGGCCUACCUCAAUACGCUGAGACAUGCCACAAGCUUAUGCUCAAGCUUGGGUACGAUAAAUAUGUCACACAGGGUGGCGACUGGGGCUGCAUGAUAACCCGCAUAAUGGGCCUCCUCUACCCCCAACACGUCAUGGCUUCUCACAUAAACAUGGUCCGUGGCCACGCUCCAGAAUUCCUCUCCCAUCCCAUUCUUGCUACCCAACAUGCCCUUGCGCCCUAUACUCAACGCGAAAAAGAUGGACAUGCCCGCAGCAAGUGGUUCUUAGAAGAAGGCAGCGGCUACCGCCUGGAGCAGAGCACAAAACCACAAACACUAGGAUAUGCACUCGCAGACACUCCAGUCGGAUUGCUGGCAUGGAUAUAUGAGAAGCUGCAUGACUGGACGGAUAGCUAUCCCUGGACCGAAGAUGAGAUACUGACUUGGGUAUCCAUCUACUGGUUCAGCACCGCUGGUGUCGCUGCCAACCUGAGAAUCUAUUACGAAGCAAUGCAUGACACGCAAUUUGGCCGGGAGAGGACGGAAAAAUGGAUAGCGCAUGUAAAACUCGGUCUGGCACACUUUCCAAAAGAACUCACGGUGGUGCCGAAGUCGUGGGGACGAACCAUGGGGCCAGUUGUGUAUGAGAGCCAAAACGAGAGCGGCGGACACUUCCCAGCAUGGGAGAAGCCAGAGGCGAUUGCGAGGGAUCUACAUGAGAUGUUUGGGAAGGGAGGAGGCGCUUAUGGUGUUGUGGAGGGGAAGGUAGGGUAUCUGAGUCCUAGGACUGCGAAGCUUUAA